AUGCGAUGGCUUUCAGGAAGUCAUCUGAAAGAGGUGGCAAUGUUUGGCUGCCCGUCUGCCAAGAGGUCUCAAGUCAAUCCUUGCAAAAGACUGCGAUACUUUUUUAAGAUUCCAGAGAACACUGUUUGCAGUAGAUGCAUGCUGAGAGAUUCAUGCAAGUUUGCGGAUCAAAGUGUUUGGCGGACUGAUAGCAACAAUUUGGAUCUGGCUAUGGCAAUGAAGGUCAUUUGCUCUUAUGCCUUGUCUUUAGUGCAUCCUCAGCUGGUUGUUCCAGAUAAAGUAAACAAUUCAGUCAACCAGUUGCUAAAGGAGGUUCUGAAACUGAGUAAAACCUUAUGA